UUAUACGGUUCCUUUGAAUAUCGAAAUCAGUUGGUCUUUGAAUGUCGCGGGAAUUGCAUACCAUCUACGGAAGAGCGGGAAUAAUACGAAUAACGGAAAAAUGCGCUUAGCUAAUUUUUGGUUGCUUCUGCUCCUACUCGGUAUGAUAAGCAAUUCGUUGGCACAAAUUUGUAUAAGGAAACAUGGUACGCAAACUAUGCAUGUGUGUUGUCCAGGAUACGAUAGAGUGAAGGGCCGGUGCAUACCUUACUGCCCAAUGGGCUGUGAAAAUGGUAGGUGCACCAAACCGAAUGUAUGUGAGUGCAACGAAGGCUAUAAAAAACUGAAUGAUCAUCGUUGCAUGCCCAAGUGCGAUAAUUGUUCCAAUGGAGUCUGUAUUGGACCGAAUAACUGCAAAUGCCUUACCGAUUAUAUAUCAAAUGGGACUGACGACUGUGUGCCCGUCUGUAAGCGAGCCUGCAAGAAUGGUGAAUGCAUUGCGCCCAAUAAAUGUAGGUGCUCACAAGGCUAUCGCACAAGCGCAAAUGGUGAGUGUGAGCCCAUUUGCUCAAGCGGUUGUCCGAAUGGUCGGUGCGUCGCUCCUGAGACCUGUGAGUGCAACGAAGGAUAUUCACUAAGCGCUCCAAAUAUAUGUGACCCGGUUUGCUCAAGCGGUUGUCCGAAUGGUCGGUGCGUCGCUCCUGAGACCUGUGAGUGCAACGAAGGAUAUUCACUGACAAAUGUGUGCGUUCACGGACGGAUAAUGUAAUAAAAUGAGUUAGCACUUCUUUACUUUCAGAAAACCAACUUGGACUUAGAAGUAUAACUGGCAACGCGGACUUUGUUCGAGUGCUUUAGUGGAAACGGGUACUUUCGGACUUGGUUAUAUGGAUGAUAGUUUAGCGUUAUUAUUUGAGAUAACAUUCAUAAUUGUAAUUCAGUAAUAUAAGUAAAGAAAGAGAAUUAAAAAGUGUGACAAAAUA